ACACAGAUAUCAUUUCACGCUAGAAAACCCUAGUGUGACUCAACGCUGCACACUAUAAAUUGCCAUCAAACCCUAGAGUUUCAGAUCCUCAAUCGACCUCGACCUACACAGCUUCGGCGGCAAUCGGCACUCUCAGACUACUCCGCGGCGGCGAAAAUGUCUCUGGUAGCGAACGAGGAGUUCCAGCACAUUCUGCGUGUGCUGAAUACCAACGUUGAUGGGAAGCAGAAGAUCAUGUUUGCCCUGACCUCCAUCAAGGGUAUUGGAAGGAGAUUCGCCAACAUCUGUUGCAAGAAGGCUGAUGUUGACAUGAACAAGAGGGCUGGUGAAUUGAGUGCUGCGGAGUUGGAUAAUGUGAUGACUGUUGUUGCUAACCCUAAGCAGUUUAAGAUCCCAGAUUGGUUUUUGAACAGGAAGAAGGAUUACAAGGAUGGGAAGUACCAUCAGGUGGUGUCUAAUGCCCUUGACAUGAAGCUCAGGGAUGACUUGGAGAGACUCAAGAAAAUCAGAAACCAUCGUGGUUUGAGGCACUACUGGGGCCUCCGUGUGCGUGGUCAGCAUACCAAGACUACUGGCCGCAGAGGGAAAACUGUUGGUGUCUCUAAGAAGCGUUAAGCUGUUAUGUUUUGGCUUGGAGAUUAGAUAUUUUUGAGGAGGCAAAUUUGAAGUUAUAUUUCAGACUUGUUUCGCAUACAAACUUUGUAUUUGUCAAAUGCCGUGACUAUUUCAGUUUUGUUUGCUAUUGCAUUAAGUUUCUGUUUACCUGGAUGAUGUUGGUAUUCUUAGUUGUAGACCUUAAAAUAGUAUUGAUGAAAUUAAGUAUUCAUGUUUUUUCCUAAAA